AUGAGUGAAAACUCUGUACUAUCCUGUGAAAAAAAGUCUGGCGAUAUCCUUGAUCAUGAGGUGAGCUUAGAAGAGGUGGAUCAAGAAGACAAGAGGAAUACUAAUGUUGAAAGAUCUUUGAAAUCGAGGCACAUGUCAAUGAUAGCUCUUGGUGGAACUAUUGGUACAGGUCUUUUUAUAUCUACAUCUGUGCCGCUCAAUGAAGCUGGUCCUGUUAAUUCUUUAAUUGCAUAUAUCUUCAUUGCAAGUGUUGUUUAUUCAGUUGCCCAAUCACUUGGUGAAAUGGCCACAUAUAUACCCAUUGCUGGUUCAUUUACUGUUUUUACUUCUCGUUUUAUUUCUCCAUCGUUAGGUGCAGCUUCUGGGUGGUUAUACUGGUUUUGUUGGGCCAUAGGUUUUGCAAUUGAGUUAUCUAUUAUUGGUCAAAUAAUUGAAUAUUGGACAAGCGCAGUACCUAAUGCAGCGUGGAUAGCCAUAUUUUUUGUAUUACUUACUGUUGCCAAUUUAUUCCCAGUCAAAUAUUAUGGAGAGAUAGAAUUCUGGAUAUCCUCCAUUAAGGUCAUAACAAUAAUGGGCUGGAUAUUAUAUGCGCUUAUUAUGGUAUGUGGUGGAGGAAAAUACGGUGCUUUCGGGUUUAGAUAUUGGAAGAAUCCAGGACCAUGGGGAGAUGGUAUUCUUGUAGAUAAUAAGAAUACUGGAAGGUUCUUAGGUUGGUUUUCAUCACUCAUAAAUGCCAUUUUCUCAUAUCAAGGAACAGAGCUAGUGGGUGUACUGGCAGGAGAAUGUGAGAAUCCUAGAAAAACGGUACCUUCAGCAAUCAAAAAGGUAUUCUACAGAAUAGUAAUUUUCUUCAUUUUAAGUAUAUUCUUCAUGGGAUUAUUGGUUCCUUAUAAUGAUCCUAAAUUGAAUUCAGAUUCGUCUUAUAUUGCUUCUUCUCCAUUUGUUAUCGCUAUUCAAAACAGUGGAACACCUGUUUUACCGGGAAUUAUGAAUGCUGUUAUUUUAACUACUAUAAUAUCAGCAGGAAAUUCUGAUAUUUACAUCGCUUCCAGAACGUUAUACGCAUUGGCUAACGAUAAUCUUGCACCAAGAAUUUUUACCCUUACCAUUAACGGAAUACCAUAUUAUUCUGUAUUAUUUAGUUCUCUCUGGGGAUUAUUAGGGUACUUAUCGUUGUCUGCGAAGGGUUUAGUAGGAUUUAACUGGUUGGUGAACAUAUCUGCAACUUCUGGCUUAUUUGCUUGGGUGUUUAUAUCUUUUUCUCAUAUCCGAUUCAUUAAGGGACUAAAGCUAAAAGGGAUUGACAGAUCUGAAGAACUUCCUUUUGUUGCAAGUGGAAUGCCAAUAUAUGCUUGGUAUUCCGUUGCAGUUAUUACUUUCUUGAUAUUUUUUCAAGGUUACGCCGUAUUUGUAGGAAGUUUUUCAGUAGCAGACUUUUUUGCUGCUUAUAUUUCUAAUAUCUUUUUUGUCAUCUUAUUUGUCUUCUUUCAAUUCGUGUGGUUUAAAAACACUAAAUUAUUAAUACCUUUAGAAGAAAUGGAUUUAAAGACUGGCAUAAUGCCUUUUUCGAAUUUGAAAAAUACUAAUUCAGAUAAACAAAAAAUAGAAAAACUUUGGAACAUCAUUGCAUAA